AUGAAGGCGCUUUCGCUCCUCGUGGUCGUUCUGCUGGCCGCCUAUGUCGCCGCCCAGCCCACCCAGCUGACCUAUCAGAUUGGUCAGGAGUUCGUGUUCGGCAUGGGCUCGAGCGUGGAUGCUCGCCACGCUGAUUCGCUCACCCUCCAGCCCGGCGGUGGCUCGAUUGCCCUCAUGAACAGCACCGUCGUCUACCAGUGUACCGACAUGGAUGCCACCUCCUACCUGUUUGUGAUGAACAUGUUCGACACCACCGUGAACGUGGGUCAGAACUCGCUCUCGGCCAGCGAGGUCAUCUUCAAGGAGAAGGCCACGCUCAUCGGUCUGGGCAGCAACAACGCCCUCGGCGACAACAUGUACUUCCAGCAGCUCAAGACCGGCGAGAUCGUCAAGAUCUGGUACAACACCGGCGACUCCCCGUACUUUGUCAACGUCAAGGCUGGCGCGAUCAACCAGUUCCAGACCAGGGUGGUGCCUGCCAACCAGCAGACCUUCCAGUACCAGGAGACCGAUCUGAUCGGUGUCCACAACUCCGACUUCGUGGGCUCGAAGAACGCCGACAACAGCCUGAGCGUUGCCAAGUCGUUCGACCAGAAGGACUUCACCAAGUUCGCCACUGACCCCAGCCUCUCGGCGAGCGACCUCAUCCUCAACGCCAACCAGGGCGUGUCCGUCCACCCGGCCGGCUACAUCCAGUCCACCAGCUUCAGCCAGAAGGUCCUCCUCGUCAACACGCCCCCCGCUCAGCACGGCCAGGGCAAGAGGGAUAACAACGGUUUCAACAUGUUCAUGCUCUCCAACGGUCAGAUGAACGUCAACCUCCAGCAGGUCAACAUGGUCAAGGGUCCCAUGAGGACUGCGUCCAGCCGCUUCAGCCCCAAGGAGACGUACAACUUUGCCGGCCUCCGCAGCAACCGCACGUUCCUGACGGACUCGUUCCACGGCUACUCGGCCAAGGCGGCCCUGUUCAAGGCCCAGAACCCGCAGCCGAUGGACGUCGCCGAGGAGCUCAGCAAGAUCUUCUCCUCCGAGGGCGGCGCCCACGCCUUCGCCCAGAUCACCCGCGUCAUCCGCUACCUUAAGGUCCACAAGGAGGACAUGAACAUUCUGGAGAACUACCUGAAGAAGGCCGACGUGAUGAGCAGCCAGGUGCUGCGCGACCGUCUGUUCUACCUCCUCGCGGCGCUGGACGACAGCAAGAGCCUGAUCGAGUACGGUCUGUCGUCGGCCGACGCCGAGGUCCGGCUGCACGCCAUCGUCACCGCCGCCACCCUGCAGACGCCCACCUCGGCCCUCGCUGGCUCGCUCCACUCCAUCGCCAUGGCCGCCCAGGACUCCAAGACGAAGCACGCUGCUCUGCUUGCCUACGGUACUGUGUUGAAGAAGCUGUACAGCCCGGCGGCCAAGGCCGGAGGUAAGGUCCUCGUGGACCUGCUCGCCGCCACGCCUUCGUACGACGUGCAGCAGCUCGCCACCGUGCUCGCUGCCAUCAAGAACGCCGGUCCCUCCGUCGUCCCGCCCUCCAAGAUCGUCGAGAAGGCCAUCAGGCUCUUCAGGAAGGAGCCCAACCUGAGGUCGAACAUCAGGCGUCUGCUCAAGGAGUACAUGCCCCAGAACGCUGAUACCCUGGACAUGCAGCUGUCGGCCAUCGUCGAUGGCUCGGACUUCCCCUUCAACCGCUCGUACACCAAGGACCUGGUGAUCGGUGGCCGCGACGUCAACCUCGACCUCCACGGCGAGCUCUUCAUCGGCACCAACUUCGACUGCAACCAGCAGUACUUCAACUACGAGGGCCUCGCCGAGGUGACCGGUGCCGUCACCCUCUUCACCGAGACCGCCACCGUCUUCACCGCCGAGGCCAUCUACGGCGCCGACAACGGCGUGCACCUCGCCGACCAGUUCUCGCUCGUUUUCCUGGGCCAGACCGUCAUCGACCAGCCCUUCCCCCAGGUCGACUGCAUGGAGCACACCUACAACCUCUUCCACACCUCCCCCGUCAUCUCCGCCUCGUACGUGGUGUGGAUCAGCGUGAUCCCCGUCGUCUUCUCGGCCAGCGCUGGCGUCACCCUGAACGUCGACUGGGGCUGGUCCAUCUGCGACUCUGAGCUCUCCGCCCUUGUUGAGCUCAUUCCUGGCGCGACCUUCACCGCGCAGGGCGACGUGGAGCUCGACCUGCUGAUCAUCUCGGCCGGCAUUGAGCUCGCCGCCCAGGUCAACACCCAGAUCCGCCCGCAGGCCUACAUCCACGGCUCCGAGUGCGAGGUCGGCUUCGACGUCGAGAGGACCAACAACCCCAUGGACGCCUACUUCGAGUCCUUCUACCAGAUCAAGAAGUGCAUCCUCUGGAUCUUCGAUUGCCACAUGGAGAACAAGGACACCCAGGUGUGGUGGCAGUGGACCCUGCCCUCUUCCACUGAAGUCCUCUUCAACGAGGACUGGAAGAUCUCCCUCUAA